AUGCAGAUACGGUUCGAUAGGACAGACCUGAUGCGAGUUCAGAUUUCACAUGAGGAUCCCUUGGUUGUCAGUCUGACAGUGGCAGAAUGUUUGCCGGAGGAGCUCAAGUCUACUGGAAAUCCGUUGUUGGGGUUUGAUGGCAAACGAGUUGAACUGAUUGGCACAGUGGAAUUGGUGGUCCGAGCACCUGAGAGGGACUUGGUCGAAAGUUUUGUCGUAGUGGAGAUCUAUCCCUCUUACAAUUUGUUGAUGGGGAGAGGAUGGAUCCAUAGGGUACAAGGAGUCCCCUCAACCCUACACCAAGUGAUGAGGUACCUAAGCCCAGACGGGAGCAAGGUGAUUGAUAUCCAUGGGGAUCAGGUUGCAGCAAAGGAAUGCUAUUCAGUGACCCUGAGGGCCGCAGAUGUGUUCGCUUGGAGCCAUUCAAACAUGCCAGGGAUCGACCCUUUUGUCUUUUGUCACUCCCUUAAAGUUGAUCCGAACGUUAGGCCUGUGAAGCAGAAACAGAGGAGGUUCGCCCCGGAACGCAACCAGAUCAUUGCUGAGGAGGUAAACCGAUUGUUGGAGGCUGGGUUCAUUGGAGAAGUACAAUACCCGAGCAGGUUGUCAAAUGUGGUUGUAAUACAAAAGAAGAAUGGAAAAUGGAGAGUUUGUAUUGACUUCACCAAUCUAAAUAAGGCCUGCCCGAAGGAUAACUUUCCACUUUUGAAGAUUGAUCAAAUGGUGGACGCUACAACAGGAUAUGAGCUGUUAACUUUUCUUGAUGUUUAUUCAGGCUAUAAUCAAAUUCCUAUGGAUCCGAACGAUGAAUAA